GCGUUGCGCAUUCUAUAAGAUGAUGGUUACAAGUAUGGUAGAUGAGAUUAAAGAGGAAGUAGUGUACUUGGGGAAAGUGGAUGAUGUAGAUGUUGUUGUGCAUUAUUGCGACAAUAAUACAUUUUGCUCGUCUGGUGGAAAGAAAAAAAAACGAAACAAGGAGGAUAAAGUUUGGGCUGAAUACGAUGAACUACUAAUAAAUGCUGUUAAGAAAAGACCUUGUGUAUGGAAUCCUACCAUCACAAUGAAAAAGAAAAGUUCAAUAAUUAUCAAAGAAGCAUGGCUUGAAAUUAAGAAGGAAAUAGGCGAUAAAUUCCAAGUAGAAAUAAUUAGAAAGCGUUGGAGAAACCUUCGUGAUUCUUACAAGAAAGCCAGACAUAAAAUGACCGAGUGCAUAUCUAGUGGUUCAGAAGCACCAAUAAUCAAGGACAAGAAAGAUGGCUUUCGGUACUAUGACGAAAUGAAAUUCUUGAAUGACACGAUAAUUUCCAGGCUUUCUCGAAAUAAGGUUUUAAAGGACAAAUCACAUGCCUUCGACCCCAGCAAAACAAGUAGUAACUCAAACAACAAUAGUAGCAAUAAUAACUUAAAUAGUAAUUUAAACAACAAACAUUCAGUAAAAGAUGAAGAGGAUGGGAAUAAGAAUACACCAGGUAUAAAUUUAAGCGUAUCCAAUUGUACCAACUUCUUAGAGCACAUUAAACGACCAAGGAACCAGUCAUCUAAUUCUGAACUCAAUAAAGUCUCACUAAAUGUGUUAUCAGAGGAUAACAAAGUUCCUGAUACUAUUGGAGCAUUUUUGUUUCAACUAAACGAUAUUUUAAGAAAAUUGCCAUAUAAAAAUAGAAGACGACUUGAAACUAAAAUUAUGAUGGAUGCAUUAAAAGCAGAAGAAGAGGCAGGACUUUUAUAAUUUAUAAAUAUAAAUAUAAAUUUAUAAAUAUAAAUAUAAAUUUAUAAUUUAUAUUAUAAAUUUAUAAUUAUAUUUAUAAUUUAAAUUGAUAAAAACUA